AUCGUCCCUAAUCAUAUACUACCUCGGCUUCAUCUCCAUUACUCGUGGUACCUCUUACAAUAGCUUCUGUAUCCUCGAACAUCAACACUACAAAACUACUAUCCAUCCCAUAUCCUACACCUCAUCAAUAUGUCAAAUCGAGUCUACUUCUCCGUUGAAGGGCGCGUCCAAGGUGUUGGCUUCAGAUACUUUACUCAGAAAAGAGCUCGAGAAUAUGGUGUGACUGGUUGGUGCCGAAACACAAAGGAUGGGAGAGUUGAGGGAGAAGCUCAGGCUAGCGAGGAGAUUCUUUCCAAGUUCUUCAAGGACGUGGAUGAUGGUCCGAGAUCAGCUCGGGUCACAAAGGUUUCACAGGAAGAGAGACAAAUCAUCGAGGGAGAGACUGAUUUCACAGUCACGCGUUGAAGAUGAGAUAGGAGCAGAACAGUAACAGAAGGGUAAGAAACACAGAUCGUAUGGAAUAAACACUACCUAAAGUAUUACCAUC